AUGCGGCCGCUCGUCGGGUUCCUGUUGGUUUUGGGGACAGCUACGGCGGGCCUGUAUUGGUUGUCGGCGCGGCUGCCCGGAGAGCCCCGCGCGGGAAGUGGGCUACUAAAGUUUCCUUCAGACCUAGAAGAACUCCAAGAGCUUGCACAGUUUCUACAAUACUAUAACAGAGAGCACUAUGCAUAUGUGCUGCUGCUGUUCUGCAGUGCCUACCUGUAUAAGCAGUGCUUCGCCAUCCCUGGUUCAAGCUUUCUGAACAUCCUUGCUGGGGCUCUCUUUGGACCUUGGAUGGGUCUCCCACUGUGCUGUGCCUUGACUUCAGUGGGUGCUACUUGUUGCUAUGGACUGUCCAACAUCUUCGGAAAACAAUUUGUCAUCAACUAUUUUCCUGAUAAAGUAGCUGUGCUUCAAAGAAAGGUGGAAGAGAACAGAAGUUCCUUGUUUUUCUUCUUGUUGUUUCUGAGGCUGUUCCCUAUGUCCCCAAAUUGGUUUCUGAAUCUCACAUCUCCCAUCCUGAACAUCCCUGUGACUCAGUUUUUCUUCUCUGUUUUCUUAGGUCUUAUGCCAUACAACUUCAUCUGUGUUCAGACAGGCUCAAUCCUUUCACAGAUCAACUCCCUUGAUGCCAUUUUCUCCUGGAGCACUUUACUCAAGAUGCUGGCUAUAGCCAUGAUGGCAUUAAUUCCUGGAACUAUCAUUAAGAAAUUCAGUCAAAAGCAUCUGAACCUGGACAAAAGCGACAAGAGUGUUCAUGUGCUCAAUGGAUGGAAGCUCAAUUAAAUAGA